UAUGAAUGUAUGGUGAAUGAGAUGUUAAUACGCACAGAGCUCCAAUCAUUUCAUUCUGUGUUAAUAAACAAUAAUUUUGAAUUUACUAGUGAUUUAUUUGAGUAAUAUCUUUCAUGUAGUAGACUGCCCACUUAGCUCAAUAGGGAGAGCGUAGAUCUACGGGUCGCGGGGUCGUGAGUUCGACCCACGGUCGAGGCUAUGUUCUCCGUGAUGUUUUGAUAAAAGACAUUCUGUCUGAAAUCAUUCGUCCUCUACAUCUUGAAACUUGCAGAGAACAAAUUUUACUGGUGCAGAUUCCAGGAACACAUGUUAGGUUAACUGCCCGCCGAUACAUAACUGAAAUACUGUUGAAAAACGGCGUUAAACCCAAAACAAACAAGCAAAACUUACAUGUAGCUCGCUGGUGAACCAUAGCAGAACUCCAUGGUUUCAAACUCUCCUGUCAAAUCUUUUUUGUCUUUUGUAAAUGUAAUGCAUGGCCUAUAUUUUAACGGCACUAUAGUCGAUAACUGUAACUAUAUAAGCUCCAUAACAAUAUAACCUGUAAAACAAGUUUAAAAAAAAAAGAGUUUAAUCGAUUUCAGUAUUAGUUCAGCCAUGGAACAAUCGCACGUGUAAAUAAAUGUAGCCUAUAAUGUAAAACGUGUAUAAUGCGUUUACAAAUACGGUUUAAAUUCAAUGUAAAAUUUACGCAAAGAUGUCAUGUUUAACAGUAAUUUCGCAAUACAGACCCAGCUUUUAACUAGCCGGCUAUCUAUUUUUAGAUUUGAUAUAUACUAAUAUGAGAGAUAAUCUUAUUUUCAGUUCGUCUUAAUUGAUGUAGUUAAAAUGUGUGUGCGGAAACGGAUUAAACAUGGUUACUAAUACAAUUUUGAUUUUCUCCUUUAAUACCUAAUUCAUUAAAACGGUAAUGUCUGCGUGACAUGGGACAAGGAUCAAGAUGAGCAAUUGUUCAGAUGACUUCCCUACUACAGAUGUAUUUUACAGCGAAAUAUCCGAGGAUGUCCCAAUCAUCGUAUUUCUAGCAGUAGCGAGCGUGCUGGCAAUUUCAAGUCUAGCAAUCUAUGUUGAGGAGUUAUUUUUCAUCCAUAAACAUUAUCAAACAGGCGACCAACGAGCAUGGAAGAUUACAGUUCUGCUUGGACUUUACCCGGUCGUUUGCAUAAUGUCUCUUAUUUCGGUGUUGGUCCCUACAAGUAGCACUCUAAUGACGCUUAUGUCAGCAUGCUACAUAUCAUUCUGUAUAUACAUCUUUAUCAUGAUGACGAUUGAAUGUUAUGGAGGACCAGACAAGAUGAUUGGAACAUUAGCAGACGACAAGGUGAUUCUGAAUACCCCGCCGUGCUGCUGUUGCUUAUGUUGUAUACUGAAGCCUAUAACGCUUACACGCAAGUCAUUAAAAACGUUUGAAAUACUCGCCAUGCAGGUGAUGUUUGUUCGCCCAAUAGUGCUGUUCAUUGCUGCAGUGAUGUGGACAGACGGGAGAUACAAUAAUAAAAUUAGCGUUGACGAACCGUAUGUCUAUAUCACCGUUGUAUCUGCUAUCAGCACGUUGUUGUCGAUGUACGGCCUGAUUGUGAUAUUCAGGGCGUCUCGGCUACACCUCAAACACUACCAUCUGGCACUGAAGUUCGUACCAUUACAAGCGACUAUCAUUCUCGUCAAUCUACAGCGACUUGUUUUUAGCAUACUUGCAGAGAGAGAUAUCCCAGAAUGCAUUGGCUCACGAGGGUCUCGGGUCAGAGGUGAAAAUCUGCAUAAUGCUCUGCUAGUAGUGGAGACGUUCCUGUUGUGUCUCUUGGCUAGGAAAGGUUACAGAACACAAUCCCCUGACAGUGACGAAAUACUUGAAGAUACAACUGUCGCCUACACUAAUGAUUACGGCACAAAUCACACUUUGUGAAAGUUACGUAUCAAUUAGAUAUUAGUUUGUUUAUAUAGAUAUUGUUGUUUAUUGCUACCCUUGUACACUGUAUGCUUUAAUAUAUGUCUCAGUCGUUUUCAUACGAGCGGCUUUGUUUGUUAUCUACAAAGAAUGCUUGUAACAUUUUACAAAAGCUAUUUUAAGCAUCAGCACAUUGAACCGAAUCUGAGUGACAAGACGAAUUUAAUCAUUGUUUGAGGUAUUUUAGUUAAAUUGCCUUACCUGCGAUAUUGUUAUUGUUGAUAUUGUGGCUGAGUAUCAGAGAUUGCAAUAUUUAUCUCUUUUAUUAUACAGACUUAUAUUAGAUUUUCUACUGUUUAAUUCGAAUUAUUUAUCUAACAAAAUGAUAAAAAUCACUUCUAUCAACUUUAUGUGAUAUAACUCAGUUUUACUCAAAUAAUAAAUAUAUCAUUUUAAUAUGGCUAGAUUUUUUUUCAGUAAAAUAAGGAAGGAAGUCAGUCAUUCUAUAUUCUGUGAUUAAGAACGUUUGACGCGCGGACCGUUGAGAGAACAAAUAGCCGCAUGACGUUUUGCUCAUUACUGUACGGAUAACGCAUGUUUUUUUUCCGUGUUAUAACAUCUGCAGAAUCCCGAGGUAUUGGUUGGUGCCCAAGCCCGGUAGGGCAUAAAACGCGUGAGAAACUAAUAAAUGAAUAAAUUAUCCCUCAACGUCAUUAAAUUUCCAUGAAAUACGCGGGAGUGUCUGAGUUUUUUUUGUUUUUUUUUUUUUUUUCACAUUGACGUUAUUUCCUUCUGAAUUAUCCGUUUUGAGGCCGUUAUACGUUUACGCUUUGCCAUGGAAUUCGCAUAUAUAAAAAGGUGUUUUAACAGCACGUGAGCGCGAGAACCUCUCUGUUAACACACGUUUUUGUUUUCUCUUCUGUUAAAGCACCCCCGAAAAGUGACAAGCUAGAAUACAAAGAUGAAUGAAGUUCAUCAUAAUUUUCAUUUUAAAAUUUCAAUGAAUAUUUAGAAUAAACUAAACAAGGUCUUUCUGUGACUGAUUGUCUGAUUAACCACGUGCCAUCGUUUUGAUGCUUGAAUAUCUAACAAGUCGGGCUAAAGCCUAAGUGAUUAAAUUACUUCGCAUCUGAACUGUAAACCAUGGUAAUUCAGACAAUUGAUAAACAUCUUAUUUAACAGCUUGUAUAUACGAAAUGUGCGUUACAUUUCUAUACAAUCUUUUACUGAUGUCGAUUUUAGACUUUUUCAGUAGGGACAGCGCAGAUCUACGUAUCACGGGGUCGUGAGUUCGAACCCCAGGCGAGGCAAAUGUUCUCCGUGACGAUUUGAUUAAAAACAUUAUGUCUGAAAUCACCUCUGAUUCAUGUUGGGAAGUUGGCAGUUACUUUCAGAGAACAGGUAUGUACUGGUACAGAAUCCAGGAACACUAGUAAGGUUAACUGCCCAUCAUUACAUAACUGAAAUGCUGUUGGAAAACGGCGUUUAACCCAAAAUAAACAAAACAACCUGAAAAACGCGAUUUUGACUGAGGACGUAGCAACAGUUUUAUAAGUGACAAGCUGCUCAAAACAUUUGCAGAUAAAUCUUUGACGUCUCACUGUAUUGACGUCACUGCUAAAUUGUACCUUAACAAGUUCGCAGGCAAAGAUUUUCACACAUAGGCAUAUAUAUUGGCCGUUCUAUGUUCCGUGAGAAUAUAUGUUCUAAUAUAUGUUUUAAUGAUAUAAUAUAGCUAUUGCAAGAUAAAUAGUUUGAAAAACUGUGAAAAAAAUGUGUGUUCAUACUGAAUGUAUGAACAUAGAAAUUAUAUAAACUGCAAUAUUGUAAUUUAUUUAUCCAGUAUAAAAGCAAUUCAACGAUAUUUUGCUAAAAAUGUUACUGAUUUUGUCAUAAAACUGAAUUAUUAAAAUACCUUUGUUCUAGAUUAAUAGCUUAAAGACCCGUAAUGAAAAACUUCAAAUGUACAAAAAAAUACUAAAAUUAAAUGGUUACUUUUUUCAGUAUAUUUGUUUUUUAAACUGUCUCUAAAUAUUCGAAUGCAUGAUGUCAUGUUGGUGAUAUACAUAAUUUGUUGCAUGAAUGAUUCAGUAUAUUUGUUUUUAAACUGUCUCUAAAUAUUCGAAUGCAUGAUGUUAUGUUGGUAGUAUACAUAAUUUGUUGCAUAAAUGAUAUGAUAUAUACAUAAUUUGUUGCAUAAAUGAUAUGAAAUACACAUAAUUUGUUGCAUUAUUGAUAUGAAAUAUACAUGAUUUGCAUGAGGGCGUCAUCCUGUCUUCGUGGCGUUCUUGACGUCAUGUCUUUGAACACAUUUGAGCCGUGCCAUGAGAAAACCAACAUAGUGGUUUUGCGACCAGUAUGGAUCCAGACCAGCAUGCGCAUCCGCGCAGUCUGAUCAGGAUCCAUGCUGUUCGCUUUCAAAGCCUAUUGCAAUUAGAAAAACCGUUAGCGAACAGCGUGGAUCCUGACCAGACUGCGCGGAUGCGCAGGCUGGUCUGGAUCCAUGCUGGUCGCAAAGCCACUAUGUUGGUUUUCUCAUGGCUCGGCUCAUUUGAUAACUUACUUAUAAGCAUUGUAACACUUGAAAUAUUAAAGAUAACCAUCUCAAAUUCUAAGAAAAAUGUUUUUCGUAAGUAUUUUGUUAUCUUAAUUUUGAUUUAUUGUCACUUACACAGAUUUAUUCAUAAAAUAUCUUAAAAAACUUCUGUUCUGUUCAGGAUGGUGUUCGCUAACUUUUAAAGUGAAAAGAGUAAUACUUAUUCAUAUGUGUGUCGUAUAGUGACAAUUAACAUUCAUUUAGUUAUUAGUUGACAUCUUAAAAUGUAUCAGUGUUAUUUGUUAUAAUAUUUAUUUCUUCUUUUCCUUUUGUUUCAGUGUUAUAUCAGUAACAGUCAGCGUAUUUAACGGUGCUAUAAAUGCUGUUAUAAUUAUAUGUCAGUAUUUUCAACCCUCACUAUAUAACUACAAGUUUUAUCUUUUUGCAUUAUUUUGCAUACGCAUAUCACUACUUUGUGUUUUGAUUUUUUUGCGAAUAACAAGGCAUUUCAGUGGCCUAGAAUUACAUUUUUAUUACAUAAAGUAUUUUCUCCGGUAAUAAAUUUACUCAAAUUUUAUACUAGUCAAAAUGUGAUUGAAUUUCUGAUAUUCAUUUUCUUCACAAGACAAUUUAUUAAACAUCAGUUUUGAUGCAUCAUUUAUCAAAUACUCAUCAAAUAGUACUUAAAGCUCGGAACGUGUAUUUGAUUUUUUAAUUGUAAUUGUUAAGAGUGUAUAAUCAGCGAAUGUGAUUUAUAUAUCAAAACACAGCCAUAUGCAUACAUAAUUUAUGGCAUAUUCUACUUUUGCACAACUAUUUUCUUCAUCAUUUAGAAGGUACACUUUAUUUUGUUAGUAAAUUGACACAACAAAAGUGAUUCCACCAAGUCUAGACAGUAUUUAUCAAUUACCCUCCUAUUGUCUGUAAAAAUAUGAAGUAAAGCUCCAAACAGAAAUAUUUACAUUCACCCUAUUCUUUCCCAUUGAAAAUUGUAUGAACAGCAAAAGGAAAGGUCAAGUUGUGACAACGAUAUUUGGUGUUAACGGGCCGCAGUUUUGACGACGUCCGCCUAUAGUCAGGGAGAACGUUCCCUAGAUGACGUGUUCCGUGUGGUGAUCAGAAUAGCCGGGAAGCUGAUUUUAAUGUUAAAUGCAGCAGAAUUUGUGCAAUUAUAAUAUAACCUUGUUGACAAAUAGAAAGGAAAUAUAAUGUAAAUAUAAGAAAUGAAAUCGCUACUGAUUUAUGACAUUUGAAUGUUUAGAUGUCCCUUUCUUGCACACAGGACUGGCGUUAACUGUGAUUUUACCACUGCCGAAAAAACCCAUCUGGCACUCCUAUGCCAGAUUACUCACGUGAAAUGUGUCUUGCAUUAGUAAUAUAUUGUUUAUGUUAAACUCGGUAAUAGCUGCUCUUUGUUCCUUUUUGUUUAUUUCUAGAUCCUAAUUAAGUUAUUUUACAGAAUAACACAAUUUUACGUUACAACGGAUAAAUUUAAACCGGACACUUUGAACUGUAAUGAUGUCAUUUCGGUUUACGAAAGCUUAUUUUCCCGCGCUUUGUUUGAAUAUGCUACUAUAAGAAAGAGUGCUGGAAAGAAAGUAUUUCCUUAAGUUUUAUUUUUUCUAUUAUUUGUGAAAUACGGUAUGCAAGAAAAAUAAUCUACCACUAGUUAUAGAUGCAGGUGGGAAAAGCCUGCUUUCGGGUAGUUGUUUUGGUGGUUACUCGGCAACUCGUCAGAGCCUCGUUACAACCAAAAUAGUUGCCCUCGAACCGGAUAUUCCUACCUGCAUCUACAACCAAUGACAGAUUUUAUAUUCUAUUCUAUAAAAACUGAUAUUAUGAUGUCCACUACAGGGUCAAAGAACGGGUAAUAGAAGUGAAUACGAUGACUAGAUUCCUUAAUUUGUCUAUUAGGAGCAUUUACUAGUGUAACAAUAUUCAUUCAAUGCUUGUAUUUUCGACAUAUAUUUAUUCGUCAAGCUGCACGUUUAUUCAUGGAACUUUACUUAGCAAUAUGUAAGACGUUUUACAAACGAACAAUAUUAAAACAAAAUUAUCAAAUAAUCAAAGUCGAAGUUCUAAUUGAAAAUAAUUGUGCAAAUCUUUUUCAGAUGGCAUAAUAUUUUCAUAUGAAUUUAUUUACAUUAAUAUCUAAGUGUGUAUAUGUAUAGCUACACCAUGGCAUUUUGUUAUUAUCUUUAAUAAAGCGUUGUUAUUGUUCCGA